UAAAAAAUCUGUGGUUGUUUCUGAUAAUCACCAAAUAUGAGAGAGAGAGAGUUGCAGCCAGCCCAAACACUUUGGAGAGAAAACCAGAGAAAGCUACACAAAUAGAAAAAGAAAGAAGCAGAUAGAAGAUCAGGUGUCCGGAGAGAGAGAGAGAGAAUGCUUGAUGACGCCGUACAGCUAAUUGGAGUUGUUCUCGACUCCCACCACCCACUUUUGUGCCGCCGAUCAUCGUCAUCUUCUCUUCUCUGCUUUUGAAGCAUCAAUCAGUAAUCUGUUACUCGGAUGAAGACAUCGUUACAACCGGAUAAAAGGCAGUGUUGUGCGGUUUUCUGGUGACGCAGGCGGGAGACAGACAGAGGUGAAAGGGUUGCAAAGGGGAGAGAGAGAGAGAAGACGAAAGAAACAAAAGAUGGAUUGGAUCUCCUUGUCAUCAAGUUCUUCCAUUAAAAAUCACAGAUCGCCGAACUGGGCCGACUUCAACCUCUCUGGACCAACACAUUUGACAACCAUCAACUGGUCGGACGAGUACCAGCAAUGUUGUGUCGCGGCCUGCUUAGUGCAAGGCAUCUACAUCCUCCAUCAGAAGAACCCCGGUGGCCGGCAAUGGUGGGAGUCCUUCCACUUCCAAAUCGCUCAAUACCUGAAAGACGACGACAGCUCUUCCAUAGUUGGGGCUAUUUUCCAUUAUACUGGUCCCUACGAUGCGUCUGCGCCGAGCAUAGCCAUCGCCUUCCGGGGAACGGCCACGACCCAAGAUUGGAAAAUGAACUACCGCGCUUCCGUCAAUGAGCUGCACGAAACUAGCAGGUUUCAGCGUGCCAUGGAAGCCGUGGAGCUUGUAGCUUCUCAAGGUGGCGGCGUGGGCAGGAGGAUAUGGCUGUGCGGCCACUCCCUCGGCGCAGCGCUGGCCAUGCUGGUUGGCAAACGGAUGGCGAAAAUGGGAGUCUAUCUCGACACGUUUCUGUUCAAUCCGCCAUUUGUUCUGCGCAGGGGAGGGAGGAUUCUGAGCCGCACUGCCUUUGGUCUCCUUGCCGUGCUUAGUCCGCCUCUGCUGUCGCUGCCCAUGGCCGUGAAGUAUGCAUUAAGGCAGCGUGAGACCUCCAGAGCGAUGCAGUCUAUUGAGGUGCAGCAAUCUUUUGCUAAUCUCUGUUCGUGGGUGCCUCGCCUUUUCGUGAAUCCAGGCGACUUCAUAUGCUCUGAUUACGUCGAACACUUUGAGAAGAGGAAGCAGCAAGACCGGCUGCCGAAGCCCACUGCCGAAGAGCUGGAGCACCCUUUCCUCAUCCCUUCUGCCAAACUGGUGAAGAACCUCUGCCCUCUCACGAAGAAUGGCAUCGACGAAACUCAUGGGCUCAGUCAGUGGUGGAAGGCUGAGCUGAAGCUGCAAAGCAAGGAGUGUAUCUGUGCUCUUCCCAGUCCUUAACAUGGCGUCAUCUUUCAAACAUUUGAAACUUGUUCACCAAAGUUUUACUCUCAUUCUCUCUCU